AUGGCUCUAUCACGCCUCUCGUCACGAUCCACCGGCAUCUCUCGUCCCUUCUCCGCCGCUUUCAGCCGUUUUCUCUCAACGGACACAACGCCGAUCACAAUCGAGACUUCGCUUCCCUUCACCGCUCACCUAUGUGACCCACCGUCUCGCUCCGUCGAAUCUUCCAGUCAAGAGCUUCUCACUUUCUACCGUACAAUGGCUCUGAUGCGUCGGAUGGAAAUUGCAGCCGAUUCGCUUUACAAAGCCAAGCUAAUCCGAGGGUUUUGCCAUCUCUACGACGGCCAGGAAGCUGUAGCUAUCGGCAUGGAAGCUGCGAUCACGAAGAAGGAUGCAAUCAUCACGGCUUAUCGAGAUCACUGCCUUUUCCUAGGUCGUGGUGGUUCGCUACACGAAGUUUUCUCAGAGCUUAUGGGUAGGCAAGACGGUUGCUCUAAAGGGAAAGGUGGAUCGAUGCAUUUCUACAAGAAGGAAUCGUCGUUUUACGGUGGACAUGGGAUUGUCGGUGCUCAGGUUCCAUUAGGUGUUGGUAUUGCUUUUGCUCAGAAGUAUUCUAAGGAUGAGGCUGUGACGUUUACCAUGUACGGUGAUGGUGCUGCGAAUCAGGGACAGCUUUUUGAAGCUCUGAAUAUUGCUGCUCUUUGGGAUUUACCAGCAAUUCUUGUCUGCGAGAACAAUCACUAUGGAAUGGGAACUGCUGAAUGGAGAGCUGCUAAGAGUCCAUCUUACUACAAGCGUGGUGAUUAUGUUCCUGGUUUGAAGGUAGAUGGUAUGGAUGCAUUUGCUGUCAAACAAGCUUGUAAAUUUGCUAAGGAUCAUGCCUUGGAGAAGGGACCGAUUAUUCUUGAGAUGGACACAUACAGGUACCAUGGUCACUCCAUGUCUGAUCCUGGGAGCACAUACCGUACACGAGAUGAGAUAUCUGGUGUGAGGCAGGAACGGGAUCCAAUUGAGAGAAUAAAAAAGUUGGUACUAUCUCAUGACAUAGCGACCGAAAAGGAGCUUAAGGAUAUGGAGAAGGAAAUAAGAAAAGAAGUAGAUGACGCCAUUGCCAAAGCUAAGGAUUGCCCAAUGCCAGAGCCUUCCGAGCUAUUUACCAAUGUGUAUGUGAAGGGAUAUGGCACCGAGUCAUUUGGACCUGACAGAAAAGAAGUCAAAGCUGCGCUUCCAUAA